AUGGCCGACGCUAAAUCCCAAGGCCGAGCACCGACUACCGCUCCCGCUCCCGCUCCCGCUCCCACAUGGGCGCAACGGACCGAGGCCCUGACACACAUCCUGACCCACCCGUCCCACUCGCCGUCGCUCCACUCGCAGCUCUUCCUCGCGUCCCGCGUCCCGUGCCCACCUCGGGGCUCCUCCUACCCGCCUUUCCUCUGCCCCGGCGCGUCGCUCCUCCGGUGGGCCCUCACCUCCGUCUUCCUGCCCCGCGCCGCGCGCCUUGGCCUGCCGCCUUCGUCCUGGCGCUCCCGGUGCCCCUUCCAGUUCCCGCCGCCGCUCGUGCCCUCCGCCGGCAUCGAGCCGGCACCGGAGCGGUGGACCGAGGCCGAGCUCCGGGGGUACGCGCAGCGGCGGCGGGCUCGGAGGGGGCCCAUGAGGACGCGGCCGCCGGUGUCCAUGGCGGGGGUGGUGCUGACGACCGUGCCCAACAUCGUGAUCAUCGUGGUCAUCAUGCGCGAGCUCUUCUGGGUCCGGCCUGGCCGCUUCUGA